CGAGGGAUAAAGGCUUGUGGUGUGUGAUUGGUCUAACGAAGUACCUCGGCCUAAAUCUUAAUGCUCCCUCCUGGCUUCAAGCACGUUCCAACCACCCCUCAAUGCGCCAUCAAGCCCAAUCCUUGAGCCGAUCUCCUACGGAGGAGCUGUAGAUGCCGUGGUAUAACAGUCUCUCCGUCCCCGGCUUGGGGAUUACUUCUUGCGCUAUCCUCUACUCCUUAAAAGCCCCCAGUUUACGACCCACAUCGUAAACAAUGGCAAUCCUCACCUACCAGCCCUUCAAAGGCGUCUACGCGCUCUCUGCAAUCGGUUUCGAGCUUGCUAGACUGCCUCUCUGGCUCGUUAAGUACUUCCUCAAAUUUGGCCGUCAGCAUCCAGAAUGGAGCUUCAGACAAGCUCUCAGCGUGCGGAUUCUCUUCUCCACUGUUUACCAUUUCGCAACGGUGCAGGUUAAGACCUCGCUCCUGCUUACGCCUGGGAAAGAGAAGGGGCGGUUCGUGGUUAUAAAGGCUGCCCCGAGUAGCUUCUACAAGGGUCCGCUCGCUCCGAAUGAGGAUAUCAAGCCGGUCGAUAUUGGUGCGACUUGGUAUCCCGCGCCGCUCACGUCAUCGUCGGACACGAGCGCGGUGACUAUGGUUCUCCAUCUCCAUGGCGGCGCGUACGUUGUGGGCGACGGCAGGACCGGAAACUCCGGAUAUUUCGCAAAGAAGAUGCUCCAAAGCGGGAGCGCGACGCAUAUCUUCAUGCCUCAAUACCGCCUCUCAACGCUCCCCGCAUCAAAGAAGUCGAAUCCGUUCCCGGCCGCUCUCCAAGACUGUCUGACAAGCUACCUGUACCUAGUCAACGAGCUCAAGAUCUCUCCCUCAAACAUCGUAAUCUCCGGCGACUCGGCCGGCGCGAACGCCGCCAUCUCCAUCCUCCGCUACAUCGCCGAAUACGGUGCCGAAACCUCCAUCCCCGCUCCCUCCGCCGCCUGGCUCUGGUCCCCCUGGAUCUCUCCCCUCGAAGCCACAAGCGACGACUUCACGCGCAACAACCCAAAUUACAACACUGACUACCUGUCUUACCCAUUCACACUCUGGGGCAGCUUAGCAUAUGCCGGUCCCGCCGGAAAGUCCAUUCUCUCCUCCCCAUAUAUAUCGCACAAGAAGAAUCCUUUUAAGACGGAAGUGCCGCUUUGGGUGACGACGGGAGGUGCGGAGGUGUUGUAUUUCGAUGAUAAGGAGUUUGCAGAUAUGAUGAAAGAGGCUGGGAAUAACGUGACGUUUGAUGUAGAGCCGAUUGUGCCGCAUGAUGUUUUGUUGAUUGGGGGGAAUUUGGGGUUUGAUAAAGAGGCAACAGCGAAUGCGAAGAGGGCAGGAGAGUGGUUGAAGAGUGUUAGGAAGGUGUGAUGAUUUGGGCUUGGUUCCGGUUUUACUGUGGAUCAUGGUUUCUGCUGCGUUGGUGUUUGUUCCACGUGGGAUUUCUUGGAAUUCGAAGGGACUUGAUUGCCGGUGAUAACACAUUAAAUGGGACUUGGAAACUUCUUGCACAUCAGUUAGCGCGUCCUGAAAGUUCCGGUGAGUAUCCCACGCAGGUGGAUGUCACUAGAACAGCUG